AAAUAUUACUGUAUUUAUUUGCACAUAUUAUGUGUAUAUUAUUAUCUAAUCUGUUUUAGAUUGUAGUAUUAUUUGAUAAUGUACUACUGUCACAUGUAGUUCAUUCAUGGUUCAUGAUUUUAUGUUAUAAAAAAGCAACAUAAAAUACAUAUUUUUUCUGAAACAAUCUAAAUUUAUUGUUAAACGUUGUUAAAAAAUAAAAAAUAGAAAGUAUGAGUGGUAUGUGCUCUCGAUAUAUAAUAACGCGAAAUAUUUUUCACCAUUAUCGAAGACAAGAUUUCGUUGUUACUUCAUCUUUUGUACCAUAUUUAUCUUCCAAACAAAUACGUAGCAAUUCUGAUUCUGUAAUACCAGUAAAACUAGCAUAUGUUUCCUAUGAAUCUAUGGAUGGGAAUAAAAAUGCUUCCAAGCGACCUAUAAUAAUAAUGCAUGGUCUUUUUGGUUCAAAGACUAAUUGGAACUUAUUAUCAAAAACAAUUCAUCGGGAUACAGACCGUAAGGUGAUAACUGUAGAUGCAAGAAACCAUGGAGAUUCCCCACAUUCUUCAGAUAUGACAUAUAGUCAUAUGGCACAGGAUAUAGUUCAACUUAUGAAUGAUUUAGGAUUUCAAAAAUCUAUAUUAAUAGGACAUAGCAUGGGUGGUUCUACGAUGAUGUAUGUAGCUUUAAAUUACCCACAGCUAGUAGAGAAAUUAAUAAUAGUUGAUAUGUCUCCUGUGAGGGUCAGUCCUCAGCUCAUGGAAAUGGAAAAAAUAUUCAAAGCCAUGCGCACAGUAAAUUUAGAAGGAAUCGCAACAUUGACAAAAGCACGUACUAGUAUAAGAAAUCAACUUGCAAGUGGUAUUAAAUCAUUACCUUUACGUCAGUUUUUAGUAAUGAAUUUAGUAGAAGCAGAUAUUGGGAAAUAUAAAUGGCGGCUCAAUUUACCUGUAUUAGAGCAAAACUUUGCAUCACAAAUAGCUGUAUUUCCAGAUGUAGGAUCAAAAGUAUACGAUGGACCGACAUUGUUUAUAGGUGGUUCUAACAGUGAUUAUAUAAGAGUAGAAGAUCAUGAUAAAAUAAAAAAAUUAUUUCCAUCUGCUGGAUUUACUUAUAUAAAUGGUGCAAAUCAUUGGGUACAUGCAGAUAAACCAACAGAGUUUUUAAAAAUAACGAUUGAUUUCGUUAAUCAGACAUAAUUUAUUAUCAUUUCAUAUGUAAAAAAAAUACACAAUAUGUUUUGUAAAUAUAUACAUGUAUUUGUGAA